UGUACCUCAUCGUUGGCCGCAAGCCGCUCAACUAAAAUUAUCUUUACCGCUUUCUUCCAAUUCCCAACAGUCUCGCAAACCAUGUGUGGCAAUGAAGAAACAGAGGCCGGGCGCUUUGUCUGCUUUUUGGUGCAUAUUGCAGGGAGCAUUCCAAUGGUCUGUCGACCCCGUGCUUGCCAGAUUUGGAGAGACAUGGGCGGAUUUUUUUAGAUGCUGUGUAUAUCCAACUUUACGUAUUGACCUCUGUGGCUUCAAUGCAUGUCUUCACAUGCAUUAUAGUUGCACAUCCAGUUAUAAUGGAAUGAGGGGAGUAUGCCAGAUGCCGAGAAUGGAAAAACGCACAGGAGGUCGCAAACAAGCGCAGUGCACUGCAUGGUUCCCCCUCUAUUUGCAAAGUCUGCGGUUCCAGGCGUUAUGAAGGGAGACUUCGGUUGACAACAAAUGUAAACACGAUUUUGAAACAACUAUAAACUGUAUCGUUAGCCACAUAGCAAUCAUC